ACGUUUCAAACGUAAACUACAAGACAGCCAUAAACCUAAGACACGAGAUUUAUAAAACACGGAAGUGGGCCCACCUUAAUGCAGAGUCGCAAAGGUGAGGGAGUGGCCACCUGCCGCCUCCUGUGCUCGACUAACAGAGACAAUCUGUCGGGCCCGGGCUCUCCGAGGGCAAUAAGACUUACGGCAAGGCUUUUAUCCCUCCAAGAACAACACCAGAAUCAGAAUGAUGUUGAUAUGAUGGUGCCCACCCAGCCUUGAAAAUGUAUGAGGUGAUGUCCGGUGACACCCUGUCCUGGAAGGUAGCAAGUCCAAGACCGACCAGCGCAGAGUCCAACCCUGAUUCGCAAACGGCCGGGGAAGGAGGCCCCGUCAAGAUCCUCAAAGUGUGCUUCUGCACCAACAACAACUUGGGCAAGAACUUCAAGCUGGUUAAAUGUGACAGCUCCUGGCAAAUUAAGGCCAUCAUUCGUUCGAUCCUGAUCUGUGGUCGUUUGGGGCCAAACAUCGAACACUCGGGAUGCUACGGCCUCCUGCUGAAGCACCUGAAGUCAGAUGAACUCCACUGGCUGCAUCCAGAUCUGACGGUUGGGGAGGUGGAGCAACGCUACGAGAGCCAUCACGUAGAAGCUGAGUGGAGGUAUGACCUUCGUAUCAGAUACGUGCCGGUCAAUUUCUUGGAAAAAUUCAAAGAAGACAGAUCUACGUUAGUGUAUUUUUACCAACAGGUACGUAGUGAUUACAUGCAGUAUCAGGCCUCUAAGGUCAGUGAUGGGAUGGCGCUGCAGCUCGGCUGUUUGGAGAUCAGGAGGUUCUACAAAGACAUGAAUGCAAAAGGUCUCGAGAAGAAGUCCAACUUUGAGCUGCUAGAAAAAGAAGUGGGCCUGGAUCUCUUCUUUCCUCCACAGCUGAUAAACAGCAUGAAGUCGAAGCAGCUACGGAAGUUGAUCCAGCAGACGUUCCAGCAGUACGCAACACUCAAGGAGGACGACUGCAUGAUCAGGUUUUUCGAGGCCCUCAAAGAGUUCACCAGUUAUGAUGAAGAGGUUUUCCCGUGUGAACUCGUGCAAGGAUGGAGUCUAGCGGUGGAGCUCGUCAUCGGUGGGAGGGGGAUUCGCCAACGCACACACAAGGAUUCAGCGCCUGUUUUUCUAGCAGACUACAAACAGAUCAAGAAAAUACAAUGCUUAUCUCAGAGCGACGGCAAGGCUCUCCUAGACCUCUUCAUAGAGGGGGCCAGACAACGUCUGUCAAUCAACGUGGCCAACGUCCCUAUGGCAGAGAACAUGAUGGACCUUAUUGACGGGUACAGCCGCUUGGAACAUGACACAGAUGAUUCUAUCAUCUACCGGCCAAAUAAAGAUGCCAAUACACGGAGCGCCCUGCCUGAGAUUCCCACAGACAGAGACACCAGCUCCAUCAGACACAGCAUGGGGUCUGAUAUCUACUGUGAGAUUAUGGAUGAAAGGCCCAGAUCAGUUGUUAAGUACGGGAUCGACCGAAGUGACAUUGUUCUUGGCCGAAUCCUUGGGGAGGGUUUUUUCGGCGAAGUCUACGAUGGAGUUUACAAAAAACAAAAUGGGGAGAGGACCAAUGUGGCUGUGAAGACCUGCAAAGACUGUACACCUGAUGUGAUGGAGAAGUUCAUGAGUGAAGCAGUAAUUAUGAAGAACCUGGAUCACCAGCACAUCGUUAAACUGAUCGGCAUCAUAGAGGAGGACCCUGUGUGGAUCGUCAUGGAGCUGUACGAGCAUGGAGAGCUGGGGAACUACCUGACGCAGAACCAGCGUACGCUGACAAAUAUUACACUGGUGUUGUUCAGCCUGCAGAUCUGCAAAGCACUCGUCUACCUGGAAGGGGUCAACAUGGUACACAGAGACAUUGCUGUGCGUAACGUGUUAGUUGCCACUCCGGACUGUGUGAAGCUCGGGGACUUUGGUUUGUCGAGAUACAUUGAGGAUGAGGAAUACUACAAAGCGUCUGUUACUCGGUUACCAAUCAAAUGGAUGGCCCCAGAAUCCAUCAACUUCAGACGUUUCACCACAUCCAGCGACGUCUGGAUGUUUGCUGUUUGCAUCUGGGAGAUCAUGAGUGUUGGACAGCAGCCGUUUUUCUGGCUGGAGAACCGAGACGUGAUCAACCAACUGGAGCAGGGGAUCCGGCUGCCCAAGCCAGACAACUGCCCCCCCGCCCUCUACUCACUCAUGACCCGCUGCUGGUCCUACGACCCCAGAGAGAGACCCAAUUUCACCGAGCUGGUGGUCAAGAUCAGUGACGUCCACAAAAUGGUGAAGGAACAGGAAGUGGAGAGAGAGAGGGACAGAGCACGCUCCACAAAGAUUUUUGACACAAAAUUCAACUUCAAUGAGCCUCCUCCCAAGCCUUCAAGGAUGAAACCAGGGCGGUUCGGGAACACGGUCAGUAUCGGUCUGCACAUUCAGCUGAACGAGGCGUUAUGUGCCAGCUCGCCUGACCUGGCCAGCCCAAGUGAAUACCAGACCCCCAUCGACUCCAUGAACACUCUCACGCUGCCGGGCAGGUCCCCUCGCCGUCGCAGCAUGGCGGAGGGUGAGUUUUUCCGAGUGGAACCAAACAGCAUGGAGUCCUGGCAGAGGGAGCGGCAGGACAUGCAGCACACCCUCCGCCGGCAGAAACAGCAGAUGAUGGAGGAUGAGAAGUGGCUGGAAAAGGAGGAGAAACUCCUGGUGGGAAGCAGAGCAUCAUUCAAAUUUGUCAACCCCCUCUCUGUGUCUCAGUGUCCCCCAACUCAAUUCACUGUGGCCCUGGAGGCUACGUGGAAUGAGGCAUCAUUAAACAAAAUCGACCCACUCGUUCACUCUCGAAGCCACAAUGGCUUUAAAUUGAAUGUCCCCCUGAUCACAGUUCCAAAGAGGGGGUCCAUGUCCUUGUUCUAUAAAAUGAACCUGCCUGUUCUUUUGCAGGACCCCAUGGGACCAGAGGACACUGCAGGCCCAGCGUCCCCUGAAGCCGACACUGAGCAUGCACCCCCAGAGAAGCCCCCUCGGCUCACAGCACAGCCUGCACCCACAGCUGAGCUGGACCGCUCUGAUGACAAAGUGUACCUCUACGUCAUGGACCUGGUCAAAGUAGUCGUCCAACUCAAGAAUGACAUCACUGAAUCUCCACCGGAGAAAUAUAUCACUAUUGUUAAGUCUGUCGGGAUGGCUCUACGAGAUCUGAUCCGCAGUGUGGAUGACAUACUGCCCACCUUACACGAGUCUGUGAGGACAGAGAUCGAGGGCACCCAGAAGCUGCUGAACAACGACAUGGCGGAGCUGAUCAGCAAAAUGCGACUGGCCCAGCAGAACUCCAUCACCUCUUUGAAGGACGAGUGUAAGAAACAGCUGCUCACUGCAGCACACACUCUGGCUAUGGACAGCAAGAACAUGUUGGACGCUGUGGACCAAGCCAGAGUCAGGGCCAACUUAGCCAAGCCCGUGGCCCCCUAGUGGACUCUUUAUUCAGUUUACACGUCAAGCUAAUGGUUCACGUCAGUCAGAAUUAACAUUUGCACACCGUUGAGCAUUUCAAAUGUCAUCAAACUGCUUUCAUUCAGGCUGUGGCAGGAUGUCAUCAUACCUAUAGGUGUUGCUAUGCUUAAAUAUUUUGCUACAACUCAGAGGAUAUGGACAACUUGGAAUAAAGCUAACUUCUGUAUGCCAAGUUGUAUGAUGGUCCAUUGGCAUCAUAUCUAAGAUGCCAACAUUUCACACUUCUUGUUAAUGUAAACGUUUUAAUGAUUUCAUUAUCUGCUCAGAAAUUGAAUAAUGUAAAUAUAAAAUGUGCCUUAUGGCGAGUACUAUUGGUUUUUACAGCAGAGGAAAUCAAAAAAGUGAAAUGUAAAGUUGACAACCAAAAAGUGAGUCGGCCAUUCAACUGUUCAAAAGUGUUUUAUAUAUACAGCAUGUAUCUCACGUUUGACUGUGAUGCAUUUUAAAAUAUGAAUUUCUACCACGUAAAUCAAGUGACGCAAAAAUAAAUAUCAAGAUGUACACUA